CACCCAGAAGCGGAAGAGGCGGGGCUUCCGGUUUCAACGCUCCGCCACCGUUGGUCAUUCAACAUGGCCGCGGGACCAAUUUCGGAAAGAAAUCAAGAUGCAACUGUGUACGUUGGCGGCUUGGAUGAGAAGGUGUCGGAGCCGUUACUGUGGGAGCUUUUCCUGCAGGCUGGUCCUGUAGUCAACACACACAUGCCCAAGGACAGAGUCACUGGCCAACACCAAGGUUAUGGCUUCGUGGAGUUCCUUAGUGAAGAGGAUGCCGAUUAUGCCAUAAAAAUCAUGAAUAUGAUAAAGCUGUAUGGCAAACCAAUUAGGGUCAAUAAGGCCUCGGCACACAACAAAAACCUAGACGUGGGCGCAAACAUCUUUAUUGGUAAUUUGGACCCGGAGAUUGACGAAAAACUUCUCUACGACACGUUCAGCGCGUUCGGCGUGAUCCUCCAGACGCCGAAGAUCAUGCGAGACCCGGACACGGGCAACUCUAAGGGCUACGCUUUCAUCAACUUCGCCAGCUUUGACGCAUCAGACGCGGCCAUCGAGGCCAUGAACGGCCAGUACCUCUGCAACAGACCCAUCACGGUGUCGUACGCCUUUAAAAAGGAUUCCAAAGGAGAACGGCACGGCUCGGCCGCAGAGCGAUUACUGGCUGCACAGAACCCCCUGUCCCAGGCCGACAGGCCGCAUCAGCUUUUCGCAGACGCUCCGCCGCCACCGAGCGCGCCGACCCCGGUCCUGACUGCGAUGGGAGCAGCAAUGUCCAUUCCAGGUCUCCCUCCUCCUGGUGCAUUUCCUCCUGUUCCUCCCCCUGGAACAAUGCCCCCAGCAAUGCCCCCAGCUAUGGCCAUGCCUCCCACACCAGGAGUACCAGUUCCACAGGUGUCUGCUGGUGGACCUCCACCCGGACCCCCGCCGUUCCCUCCUGCCAACAUGCCCCCCGGUAUGCCUCAGAUGCCCAUGCCGCCUCCUGCUCCUCCUGGCAUGGUGCCUCCGCCUCCUGCUCCUCCAGGAUCGGCUCAGCGAGCUCCGCUGCCCCCCAACAUGCCCCCACCACCGCCAAUGGGCAUGCCUCCCAGAGCGCCCUACGGACCUCCUAUGGGUAUGAGAGGGCCUCCUCCCCCCAUGCCUCCGCCUGGCUACGGUGCAGCUCCUCCCGGUCCUCCUCGUCCGCCUCCAUUUGGUUUUCAGAGAGCACCUCCGAUGCCACCCAGGCCUCCAGGUGCCCCUCCCCGGGUGCCUUAACUGCAUCAUGGCCCAUGUUAGAUGGCAGGAACCGGUGUCCACUGAGCUUUUUUUUUAAAAUAAAGAACAUGUUUAGGGUAACUUAACGCUGUAGUUUCAGCGUAUUCUGUAUUUGUUUUUUCCUUUUUUUUUGAUCAUUGUACAGAUGAAAGCAACUUGGCGAAUAAAUUUUUAUUACAAUC